ACUCGGCUCGGAACAUUCGACUGAACACAAUACGAGCAAACACGAGCAAACAGAAUUGUCACAUAUUUUCUUCAUCAAAAAUAUUAAUUUGACGAAACUAUGAAUGCUCCACCAGCAUUCGAGUCAUUCCUUCUCUUUGAAGGAGAAAAGAAAAUAACAAUCGAAAAAGAUACCAAAGUUCCAAAUGCUGCUAUAUUUACAGUUAAUAAAGAAGAUCAUACUCUCGGAAAUUUAAUUAAAACUCAGCUUCUAAAGGAUCCAAAUGUCCUGUUUGCUGGUUAUAAGAAUCCUCAUCCAUUGGAAUACAAGAUUUUAAUUCGAGUUCAAACAGUUAUGGAAUAUUCGCCUCAAGAAGCAUUUACGAAUGCCAUCACUGAUCUUAUCAGUGAACUAUCUCUUCUGGAAGAAAGGUUUAGAGAGGCUGUGAGAGAGAAACAAGAAGGAUUAGAUUAAAAGCUCUUGACUUUCAAGGAUCUUAAGUUUCAUCAUAUAAUGAAUGUAUCAUCGCCAUUUCAAAUUUUCAUUUUUGAUAACCUGUGAAUUGUAAAUAAUUUGAUUAAACAGGUAUUUUACCAAUUAUUUAAAAUUG